AUGCUGUUCAGACCGCUAUUACGAACUUUGGUGAGACCCACACCAUUGUUAUCGUCGAAACAAGUUCUUUCUGUGCGUUUCUUGAGCCCUUCUGCACGAUUGAAGAACAGAACGACCUAUGUUCGUAAUGGGGUAAUCACCGCCUUUUCUCUGGCAAUAGGUGUGUCGCUUGGACUUUACAUAGCGCAACAACUCGCGGAAAACUCAAAGCAGACCUUUCCUCUUUCUUCGAUCACUGCUCUAGAGGAUCUAGGACCACCACAGUAUGGAAAUGACGAUGACUUGAAGAAGUGCGCUGAAGAAAUUAAACAAAUACUGGGAGAAGAUGCAGUCAAGGAUUCGGAUGUUGAGCUGAACCAUCAUACCGAUAAUGGAUUCAACCCGGCAAAACCACUGCCGCAUCAAAGACCCAAGUACGUCGUUUAUCCAACAUCGACGGAACAGGUAGCUAAAGUUAUGAAAGUGGUGAAUAAGUACAGCAUUCCAGUAGUACCGUAUUCCGGUGGGACCGCACUGGAAGGACACACUUACUCUACAAGGCCAGGGAUCGUACUAAACACUUCAAAAAUGAAUAAAAUCUUGCAAGUGAACGUCGAUGACCUUGACGCAGUCGUACAGGCCGGUGUUGGGUGGCAGGAUCUCAACGAAUAUCUAUCGAACCACGAAGGAAUGCAAAACCUGAUGCUUGGUUGUGACUGUGGUCCUGGUGCUCACGUUUGUGGAAUGGUGAGCACCAACGCUUCCGGAGUCAGUGCUACGCGGUAUGGCUCUAUGGCGUCGAAUGUCAUUUCUAUAAGGGCUGUUCUAGCCGAUGGUACAGUUAUCAAGACAAAGCACAGGCCGAGAAAAUCGAGCGCGGGUUACAAUUUGACAGGACUUUUGGUCGGAAGCGAAGGUACUCUCGCUAUCGUAACCGAGGUUAUCGUGAAAUUGCAAGUAAGACCCGCCUAUGAAACUGUGGCGGUGGUUCAGUUUCCUUCUGUCAAUAAUUGCACCAAAUCAAUGGCUUCUUUCUUCAAAACUGGCAUUCCGCUGAAUGCAGUGGAGCUCUUAGACUCAGACAUGAUGAAGUGCGUCAAUUAUAGUGACUUGGUGACACGAAAGUACGAGAACAUGCCAACCUUGGUUAUCAAAAUAGGUGGCUUAAACAAAACCGUUGUUGGAGAGUACAUUAAGGAAAUCAAAUCUAUUUCCCGUGCUAACAGGUGCGUAAUGUUCGAAUUUGCCAAAACGUCUGAAGAAGCCGAUGAAUUGUUUUCAGCAAGAAAAAAUGCCUUAUAUAUGAUGCUCGAUUAUGCCUUUAAUGAAAUCAGUCCUGAUGCCAAAAUGUGGAUCACGGACUGUGCGGUGCCACUGUCGAAGUUAGCAUCAACUUUGGAGGAGCUAAACGAAAUGAUGAAAGAAUACCCCAUGCAGCAUAUGGUGCUGGGACACGGCGAUGCCAACCUUCACUACGAUAUUUUUUACACGCCGGACCAGUACGAGCUGUGCAAAGAGGCCGUUGACAGAAUGGCCAAACUUGCUAUCGCUAACGAAGGAACUUGCUCAGGUGAACACGGAAUCGGUAGUGGCAAGAGGGCUCUUUUGGAAACAGAGCUUGGAAAAGACACCAUUUCGAUGAUGCGGAAGCUAAAGAUGGCGCUAGAUCCCAAGCGUUUACUCAAUCCAGAUAAAGUAUUCAAGAUAGAUCCGCUUGACGAAAGCGAUGAAUGA